AUGAAUGAUUGUGACACUAAAAAAUUUAGGGAUAUCAGCGAAAAAAUACAUGGAAAAUAUGUGCCAAUAAUUAAAUUUGGGGGGUCCAAGAAAUACAUCAAAAAUGAUUAUAAAAAUGAAGAGGCCGAUAUAAAUAACAUAAGCUACGUAAACGAGUUGUCGAACAAUAAUGUGGAUAUAUAUUAUGAUAAUAAAUAUGGGAUAAAUAAAGUAUGCUUUUCACCUCAAGGGAAAUAUGUUGCUGGGUGUACAUCUAAUGGAUUUAUAUAUCUAUAUGAUUUAUAUGAGAAUAAAUUAUUAUCUAAAAUAUGUACUCGUAUUGAUAACAUUCAAGAUAUAGCUAUUAGCGAUAAUGAUAAGUAUAUAUAUGCAUGUGGAGAGAAUAGAAUUAUAGAAAUAUUUGAUAUAUAUCAAGAAAAUAGCAAACGUUGUAAUAAUGAUAUUGGAAAAUAUGUGGAUGUAUCAAUUCCCAGUAUCAUCGAAAAUACAAAAUUAAAAAAGAAAAACUGUUCAGAUAGUAAUAAUAUGAAACAUAAUAAUAAUAAUAAUAAUAAUAAUGAAUUGUCAAAAAAUGCUUUAGAUAAUAAAUAUAUACCUUAUCAUAAAACAAAGUAUAAAAACAUUUCUAGUGGUAAAAGUAUAUAUGUUCCUAUAUACAAUUAUGAGGAUUUAAUAAAAAGUAAUAUAAAUAUGAUAGACCUAAAUUAUGUUAAAUUGAAUAAAGUAAAUGAAAUAAUAAAUAAGUCCACAUUUUUAAUUAAAGAAUCACAUGAGUAUAUAACAUCCUGUAUAGCUAUACCAAAUAUAUGUAAUUUCUUGGUAUAUUCAGGUGGAGGAGAUGGGGUAUUAAAAAUUUGGGAUUUAAGAAUGAACUUGUUUAAUAUAUCCAAAAAAAGUUCACGUGCAAAUAAAUCGGAUAUGAUUUUUAUAGAUAACAAAAAUCCAUUUGCUUCCAUAUGUUCACAUGAAGAUACUGUAACAAGUAUAACGUUUAAUAAAACCAUAGAUCACGAAGGAUCAUAUAAAUUAAAAAAAGAACAAAGAAAACAUAAAAAAAUGAUUAAUGCGAAAAAAGAAAGUAUACAUAACAAAAAUAUUUAUAAGAGCAAAGUUGAUUGUGAAAAUAUGAAUGACAGUACAUCUGAUUAUGAAGAAGAUAGUGAAAGUGAUAGUUCUUCAGUUUCAUCACCCAAUUCGUCUAUUUGUUAUUCAUCACUAACCUUUGAUUUAUCUAAAAAUAAGUUUAAUAAUAUAUUAAUGACGAGCGGUUAUGAUGGAUAUAUACGCUUAUAUGAUAUUAGUAACAAUAUUAUUAAAUCAUUUUAUGAUGAACAAAAAAGUAUUACACAUUGUAUGUUUAGUAAUAAUAACAAAUAUAUUAUUAGUACUAACAAAUCCAAAUUCGGUAAAGUAUUUGAUUUUAUGUAUAUGAAUAAUAAAAUGAAUUCUAAAAAUAUGGCUACUUACUUAAAUAACUAUAAAAAAUAUUGCUUAAACAAACCACUAAUGCCUAAGGAAAAUCCAGAAAAUGAAAAUUAUCAUGAUACAAUAAAUGACGAUGAUAUAUUUUCAAGUCACUUAUAUAAUGAUAAAGAAUAUUCAUUAUGUAAAAUUGGGAAUAUAUAUGAAGAUGAAGAGUUAGAACAACGAAUUAAAAUUGUGAAUGAAUUAAAUAGAAAAAUUAAUGAACAAGAAAAUAAACAUUUUGAACCAAAUAAAAAUACUAAUAGUAACAAUAAUAAUAAUAAUAAUAAUAAUAAUAAAUAUUAUAAUAAUCAAAAUUAUAAUAAUAUUGCAGUUGAGUAUGAUGAUUAUUCUGAGUCGAACUAUUCUAAUAGCGAUUCAAGUAUUUAUGAUGAGAAUACUAUAAAAAGUAAUAUCUUUUAUGAACAUGUUAAUAACAAAUUAGAACCCACAUGGUCUCUUUUUGUAGAUAAUCUAAAAUAUAUGGACCUUGUUCCUUAUGAUAAUAUAAAUGAUAGUCUUAUAUAUAAUUAUAAUUAUGUCAAAUCAUACUUUAAUCAUAAUAAUUUGUUAAAUACAAAUUAUCAUUCGUUAAAUAUUGAUGAAAAGGAACCUUCGUUAAAUUAUAUGUUAUCAGAAAUUAUAUCAAAUGAAGAUGAUAUUCCAAAAUUUUCCUCUUGUAUUGCAGGAGAUAAAUGUAUAAUUCCAUCUAUCGAUACAUAUGCACAUGUAUAUGAUCUUUAUACCGGUUUCCAUGUUAAUUCUAUAAAAAAUCUUUAUUUACCAAACUAUUAUGUGGAUAAGCAUUCUUAUUAUUCUCAUUCAAUUGAUACAAAUAAGAAACAAAUAUCAUUUUUAACUAGUGUUGACACUUAUCCGAAAAACCAAAAUAUUAUUGCAACUUCUAAUGGUUAUCCCGAUGGCUCCAUAGUCCUCUGGGCGUUUGUGGCUUUUUAA